AAACUGAACAUCAACUAAUACUGUUAAGAUUUAAUGAUACAAUCUGACCAAUUCCCCCUCUUUCGCACAACGGUCUAUUCUGGAUCCAAGGCUCAUGAUGCAAAGAGAUUCAAUAAGCUGGUAGGUGCUGCCCAACGCAAGGUUUUCAGCUCCAGUCUACAGCGAAUGAGCACGGAAAUAUACCGCAGCAUCCUCAUUCAUUUGAAGUGUUUACGCUCAGAUCAGAAAGGCAUCACCCCCACUGUUAACCUGCAGCAGCUGGAGGACAAGGUCAGCUCAGACAGCAGCUCGGAGCCCAUUAAGACCUGAGCCACACACAGAUUCUCAGACUUGGCCAGGAACAAAGGAGCAGCGACAAGGCUUUUCCCCACAAUCCUCUAGUGCUCCCUCCCAGCUGGCCGAGCCUGACGGGUGUGCUGACACUGACUGGAUCUGAGUGCUCUCUUUUUCCACCGUGCAGGGUCUGGCUGUGUGGAGGAAGCGGGGGCUAAUUAAUGAGCUGUGAGUAUGAGGCCUCACUGCUGACAGCCAGUGGAGACAGGAUUAAUAGUCCGGUCAUCUGGCUUGAUGUGUGUGCCUCCAGGCUGCCCCUUGACGAGAGUCCACUGCGGAAUCCACUACGGCGGGCGCCGAGAGACCAGCAGAGAUGCCCACCGAGACUCUACAGGCGGAUAGCAAACCUGCCGGUCAGGGUGGGGCCUUUGCCUCUGCUGUCCCACUCCGCAUCCUCAACAAGGGGCCUGACUACUUCCGCCGGCAGACCGAGCCCAACCCAAAGCGGUUGAGCGCCGUGGAGCGGCUCGAGGCCGACAAGGCUAAGUACGUGAAGAGCCAGGAGGUCAUCAACGCUAAGCAGGAACCCAUCAAGCCACAGGUUCUUGCCAAGCCCCCCGUCUGCCCGGUUCCCGUCAAGAGAAGUGGCGGCAUGGGAUGUGGCUUGAAGGCUUCCAACAACAACGCCAAGUCGGACACCUGCGCAACCACCACCAAACGGGAGAAUCUCAACCUAGAGAUACUGAAGAACAUCUUGAACAGCUCCUCCUCAUCCGAGGGGCCCACCAAGGGGACGUCGCACAAAGUCGGGGCACGUAGCUGGGCGCCACAUCGCUCGUCUGAGCUGUUGGAACCUGGAUGUCGUUCCUUUGCUGACUCGCUCAAGGUACCACCUUCCACGCAAGGUCGACACAGUCCACAGGGAGGCAACUUGAACCUGAGUCGCAGGCUGCUGGAGGAGAGGUCGUGUGAGGCUGAUGACGAGCGUUCACCGCUGCACGCCUCCCACAGCUCCUCAGACAUUCGGCUCAUGUGCAAUGGCAAGCCACUGAGAGCGGCCCGCAGCAGCAGCUCUUCCGCACCACCACUGCCGCCCAAGCCUAGCGCCAAGGCCUUGGCUGCAUGUGACAAUGCUCCCUGCUCCAUUGAAAGAGAGACACUGUCUAGCACUGCUACAGAGCUGGAGUUGGGCAGUUCUGUGGUCCGUAGACCCUCCCUUCACCGCUCCAAAUCAGACCUGAGCGAUCGCUAUGCUCGGGCCGGUGCAGAUGUGGAGCGGUUCUUCAACUAUUGUGGGCUAGAUCCAGAGGAGCUGGAGAGCGUAGGUGUGGAAAGCUUCACCAGAGCGAACUCUGACAUUGUGUCGCUCAACUUCCGUAGUGCCAGCAUGAUCAGCUCGGACUGUGAGCAGUCACGGCAUAGCAACGACGACCUGACCGAUGAAGAAGACGAUGCUGGGGAGCGUGUUCCCUAUGGUAUUUCUGCUGUAGAACGGAACGCCCGGGUCAUUAAGUGGCUCUACAGCAUCAAGCAGGCGCGGGACUCUCAGAAAGUCUCCCAUGUCUAAAAUGGGGAAUAGACCCCAUAACCUGGUCUGGACUGGUACCUGCUUAUUUUUGCAAUCCAUGCACUGUCUUUGAAAUCUCGAAAGAUUACAUGGCAUAGCAUUUUGCGUUGACUGCACUUUUUAGUCGCUUUUUGCAUUCAGUGUUUGCUGUCUUCUGAAUCUGCAGAAUUCCUUAAACUCAGCGUCUUUGCAGCCUCAAGGUAACGCAGCUUAUUUAGAAGCCUCUUUAAAGAUGGUUGCGUCAAUGCCAUCUCUGUGCAGAGAACAACUCAUAUUUUAUUUUUUCUUUUCUUCUUUCUGCCUCUGUCUGACAGAUGUUUUGAUGCCAGCAUCUUUCAGGUGCUUCUUAUUUCACUUGGGCACACUGAGCCAGGAAGCCAUAUCGGUAUGAAUGCAGAGCUACAGUGUGUUUUAGACUUCUUUUGAUCCUCUCUUUCUGUCAAUUUUUUUUUUACUGGUUCUUAUGAUGAUAUGAUAUGUAUGUAAAUAAACCUCUGUGAAUAGACGCAGCAGAAGCAUGUUUUAGUCUAUUCUCGAAAUCUCCCCCGCCCGACUUCUCUCGGUCAGCCUUGCACUGGCCAUAUUGUUCCAGCAGUAUCAUGACACCAUUCAGCUUCAUGUGGUUUGGUUUCACUUUGUCUGUCAUCCAUAAAGUUCCCUGUUUGGCGGUUAUUUUUGUAAUACUGUUGUUUUGAAAGGUGUAAAUGCUGUAAGAAUAUGUAUAUAAUUUUCAGAGUUGUUGGAAAAGCAUAGUGUGAUGACGAGUAUGCUACGUUUCUCCAUAGUUCCUUGUCUAUUCGUUCCCUCUCUGGGCUUGCAGCACAAGGAUGUGUGAGACUUUGUCAAUGACCAAAUCUGUAUGACACUGUUGUUGCAAUGACGUAUAUGUUCAGUAUAUAGAAGUUUGAGCUGUUACUUAAAAACUUCAUCAAGACGUUCGUUCACUUUUAGUUCUUUUUCAUUUCAAUAAAUGGCUGAUUUUGCCAACUUUUGCCAUCAA